AUGGUUGGGAACAAUGCUCGAAGAAGAAAUAGGGAAAGAGUUAAUAAUCAGUGUGCAAUAAACUAUCAUGAACGAAGAGGAGUCCCAGAUGUUCAAUUGUCACCUCCAAGAACAUGUUCUGAUUGUCAAGCUCGACUUUUUCAUAAAGAAUCAUCCCAAUUUUGUUGUAUGUCUGGAAAGAUAAACUUGCCAAUCAUACCCGUUCCUGAUGACCUGCUUUCUUUAUACAUUGAUCAAACCCCAACUGGAAUGAAUUUCAGACAGGAUAUUAGAAAACUAAAUCACAUACAUGCUUUCACUUCCAUGGGUGUUCACUUAGAUGAGAGCUUAGCAAAUGCUCAACAAGGAGUAUAUACUUUCCGGGCUCAAGGUUCUAUAUAUCAUAAGAUAGGUGGGUUUCUUCCUCGUGGAUCAGAAGGUAGGCCACGAUUCCUCCAAAUGUACAUAUAUGAUACUGAGCAUGAGAUCGAGCAUCGCCUGGCAGAGAAUAACACGUUGCAACGGGAUAUAAUACAAAAAAUCAAGUCAAUUCUUGAUCGAUGCAAUCCCUUUGUCCACAAUCUUCGAUUUUUAGCUCAACGUGAAGACAUACAACAAUGUGCACUUCGUAUCCAUGAACAACCUUCAGAUCGACCACAAUAUUGUCUACCUACUGCUUCUCAAGUUGCUGCAGUUAUUGUUGGUGGAGAAGAGGUUGCGAACUUGAACCCCAGAGAUAUUUUAGUUCAGUCAAAUUCAGGCCAGUUAAUGACUGUUAUGGACACGGCUGGAUACUAUGACCCCCUUCAAUAUCCUUUACUCUUUCCAUAUGGUUCUUAUGGAUGGUCGAUUAAUAGUCUUGACACUAAUGGAAGAACUAUUCCUUGCCGAGCUUUCUAUGCCUACCUAUUUCAAAUACGGCUACAUGUCAUAUCCAUCAUCUUAUUAGCAGGGCGAUUAUUCCAGCAAUUUAUAGUUGAUAAUUUUGUCAAAAUUGAGGCUAAUAAGCUGAGAUGGCUUCGAGACCAUCAAGAUACCAUAAGAGCUGAAUUAUACCAAGGCUCGCAAGAUUGUUUGGAUGCGGGAGAACUCAAUCCAGUAAAUGCCGGUAAAAAAACUAUUUUGCCUUCUUCGUUUGUUGGAAGCCCACGAGACAUGAACCAACGAUACCAAGAUGCAAUGGCAUUGGUUCAACAUUAUGGAAAGCCUGACCUUUUCGUGACUAUGACAUGCAACCCAACAUGGAGAGAGAUUGUGGAAGAGUUAUUGCCCGGUCAGACACCACAAGAUCGCCCCGACUUAAUCACCAGGAUAUUUCAUGCAAAAUUUGAGGAGUUUAAGAGUGAUGUUGUUGACAAAAGUGCCCUUGGAAAGGUUGUGGCGUAUGUUUAUGUUGUUGAGUUCCAGAAAAGAGGUCUUCCACAUGUCCACAUGUUACUAAUACUGGAUGAAAAUGACAAACCAAGAUCACCUGAAGAAUAUGACAAAAUUGUCAGAGCUGAGAUACCUGAUAGAGAUGAGGAGCCACGAUUAUAUGAUGCUGUUCUUAAACAUAUGAUCCAUAAACCGUGUGGUGCUGGACGUCGAAAUUCAUCUUGCAUGGAAAAUGGAGUUUGUAAACGAAAAUUUCCUAAAUCAUUUUCUGCAAAGAUUUGUAGUAGCAUCAAGUGUGUCAAAUAUUUAUACAAAUAUGUGCACAAGGGUGUCGACCGUGUUUCCAUGGAAGUUCGAACAGGAUCAGAAAACAACGAGAUUCAACAAUUUGUAGAUGCUAGAUGGGUUUGUGCACCAUAG